UUCCUUCUCAGAAAUCCCAUUCUCUCCCUCCUUUCUAACUAUUUAUAUAUAUUCUCAAUUCUCAUCUUCAAACCAAACAACAACAACAUAAACAACAAAGAAGCUCAAAUUUCAGACUUUUAAAAACACUAGAAUCAUCAUCCAAGCUCUAAUGGCGUCACCAAAGUCACCUACACGACCAACCCAACAACACCCACAACCCACUUUCCACGAUUUCCUCCCCGCUAUGGCCGGAAACCUUGGCGGCGAAGGUCUUAUCGGAGAGCUCUGCAACGGUUUCGAGCUACUGAUGGACAGGGAGAAAGGUGUCAUCACCUUCGACAGUCUCCGCCGCAACGCCGCCGCGGUUCUCGGUCUCGGAGAUUUGACUGACGAUGACGUCAGCUGUAUGAUUAAAGAAGGGGACUUUGACUGCGACGGCGCGUUGAAUCAGAUGGAGUUUUGCGUUUUGAUGUUUAGGCUCAGCCCUGAUCUGAUGGAGGCGUCGCGCUGUCUCGUCACGGAAGCGAUUGAGGAGGAGUUCGGUGAUUUCUCUCGCCGCCGGCAUUGAACACCGGAGAGAGAUUGAUUUGGGAUCAUCAUCUUCCCCCUCUCUGAUGAUUUAAUUCGAUUCAUUUGUUACUUAUUUCUCUUUUUUUCAAUUAAUUGUUACAAUUUACAUAAUUCUUCGAAUCAUACGAUACUACUUUUAUACGGCUUA